AUGGCUGCGAGCACGUCUAGCUGGCCGGUCAUCAGGCCGGUCAAGACUUGCACCGAGUGCAAACAGUCCAAGCUCCGAUGUGAUUCCAAGGACCAGUCCCCGAAUCCGUGUUCGAGAUGUCACGCGAGACAGCUCACCUGCACCGUGGACCCCUCUUUCAGACGGACGCCAGCUAGGAAGUGCGUUUCGGUCCUACUCCUCGCCAGCGUUGCUCUCAGUCCCGUCUCCGACGCGCGGCUAGAAGCCAUGUCCAAAGAGCUGAACGAGCUUCGAACCCGGCAGGGUGUCAGUGUCAGAGCGCCGUCGACGACGAGUACAGAGUCGGGCAUCUCUCAGGACGCAUCUGCCAAUGCACCCUAUUCUACGCCACUAAUGAUAAUGGACGACUUCGACCUGGACGAGGCGUCGCUUAAUAUUGGUGUUGUUUCCGUCAACUGUCAGUCGGCAGUUGAUGCGUUCGAGAUAUUCACUGCCUUCUUCCAUCCUCACCUGCCUCUCAUCGGAACUAUCUCGGUCAAUAAUAUCUACCACUCUUCGCCUUUUCUUUUCUGGAGCAUCGUCGCCAUUGUGGCUUCUCACACGACACUGCCAUCAGAUGAGAGCCUCUACGAGCGGAUAAAUGAACCAUUUCAGCGAUUGGUCAAGGAGGAGGCGCUGGAAGCACCACUGCCGUUACACAAUAUCCAUGCGCUCCUGUUUUUGUGCUUAUGGCCUCUACCAGUUGAUAAACAGUCCAAAGAUCCGAGUUGGUUGUACCUCGGGAUUGCUGUAAACUCUGCGUUUUUGAUGGGUCUUCACCGACCUGGACCGCCUCCAUCGCGAUCUAUCCGCCUCCUCGCUGAGAGCUCUCACGGAAGAGCUAUGACAUGGCUAGGGUGCUUUUACGUCAGCAGCUCUCUAAGCAUGCACCUCGGCUUGCCCGCUAUGAUAAACACGUCGGCAGACCUCGUCACAAUUGCAGCGUAUCUCAACGAGUACGCAAUACCGCGGGACUUCGCCGCCGAAAUCAAGCUCCAAGUCGUCAUCACCAACUUUACCAACGUCCUCUCCAACCAAUCAAACGACGGAACCGUUGACUCGUCUAUCCUGCAACUGCUGGACCGGGAGCUCGACACAUUGAGAGUUGCGUUCUCCGACCAAUGGACGCGCAUGCUAGAGUACAGCGUCCUCGUCGGAAAGGUACACUUCCACGCUCUUGUGAUCACACGAGGGAGGUUGGGAGCAAUGCCCCGCGGUAUCCUGCUCAAACUGGCCCUCUCUGCCUCCCUGCGCAUCAUCCACCUCGCCAACGCGCGCUUCCACGAGCACGUAGCCGAAACGCACGGCCUGCCCGUCGGGAAGCGGCAGAAGGCGCUCCCAAAGCACUACUUCAAAGGCCUGGCAUUCACAACCGGCUUCCUCCUGCGGUACUUCAGUCUAAACAUCACGGCGACGGCGGAGGAGCAGCAGCUCGCCGCGAAUCACGUCGUCCUGUCACAUACCAUAUUCAAGGCCUGUGCCACAAACAGUCGCGACGAAUGGGGGAGGAUGGCGUCGCUCUUCGAGACGCUGUGUCAGCAGGCUCCCAUGGCUUCCGACCCGCACAGAUUACAGCUUUCUGACCGCAUGGGUGUAUUUAUGCUGCUGGAUGCUAUCCAGGACGAGUCGGGCGUCCGAGGCGAUGCGCUCGAAAUGACGGAGCCCCAGCUCUCGGCGCUGCCGACGAUGCACCCGGACCCGUCUAAUAUGGGACAUCCGGAUAUGUAUGGCGUGUCGUUGGAACCGCCCUGGGGUGCGGACAUGCCCUUCACAAAUGAGUUUUGGAGCGAUCCGGUGUGGGAGAUGUUCAACCUCCCGGGAGCUGCCCCCAAUCAGUUUCACUCCAGGCCGUUGGGGAUGGACUGA